UGUUACCGCAAUUGGUACAUAACACUAAGGUAGGUUGGUAUGUUCACUUUAAUAACGGAGAGGCCACAAUGACUGUGGCCUAGUAGACAAUUGGCAUAAGAGAGAAUGUUGGAGAUGACCUCUUUAUAGAAGGGAGAGGAGCACUACCUUUUGUUCUUCAAUGUGGGAUUGGGGCCAUUUUAUAGCUCUUCCAGCAUCCGUAUGAACAGCAAGAAAUGGAUUUCGAAGAACAAACAGCUGGUCUCGAGUCAGCCUUGAUUCAAGUUCCCCAAGAACAAUCAUUACUAUCAAGAAAACAAGUACCGGUCAAAGAUGAGAUUGUGGAGGAAGUGAAGAAGCAGCUGUUGUUAGCAGGGCCACUUGUUGCAUCAAAUUUUUUGCUAUUUGGCAUGCAGCUUAUUUCAGUCAUGUAUGUUGGUCAUGUUGGAGAGCUGGCCCUCGCAGGUGCUUCCAUGGCCACUUCAUUCGCUUCGGUGACUGGUUUGAGCUUGACGAGAGGAAUGGGUAGCGCGUUAGACACGUUCUGUGGCCAGUCUUACGGAGCAAAACAGUAUCAUAUGCUUGGCAUACACAUGCAGAGGGCAAUGCUUGUUCUUCUUCUGGUAAACAUUCCCCUUGCAUUUGUAUGGGCCAAUACUGGCCACAUUCUUGAAUUCUUGGGUCAAGAUCCAGAAAUAUCAGCUGCUGCUGGCAACUAUGCUUGUUUCUUGAUACCUAGCCUUUUCGCUUACGCAAUCCUAGAAUCGCAUGCCAGAUUCCUGCAAGCUCAAAACAAUGUGGUUCCUUUGAUUGUUAGCACAGGAGUUGCAACGCUUGUGCACUUGCUUAACUGUUGGGUUCUGGUAUACAAGACCAGCCUUGGAUACAGAGGCGCUGCUUUGGCAACCUCCGUCACGUAUUCAAUCAAUGCAUUGUUAUUGGCUCUUUAUGUCAGAGUGUCUCCCUCUUGUAAGCUCACAUGGACUGGAUUCUCAAAGGAGGCCUUUCAUGGAAUUCCCAAUUUUUUAAAACUAUCAAUUCCUUCAGCUGUAAUGGUCAGCUUAGAAGUCUGGUCGUUCGAAAUGAUAGUGCUCUUAUCUGGUUUUCUUCCUAAUCCAAAGCUUGAAACCUCAGCCCUCUCAAUCAGUGGUACAGUAAGCACAAGAGUUUCAAAUCAAUUGGGAGCUGGGCAACCACGAAUGGUGUGUAUAGCAAUAUGCGUUGCACUAUCCAUUGUUGUUACUGAAGGCAUUGUGGCUGCUGCUGUCAUGAUAUUGGCUCGAAACGAUUGGGGUUACUGUUACAGCAGUGAAAAAGAGGUUGUGAAGUAUGUUGGAGAAAUGUUGAUUUUUGUCGCACUAUCCCACUUUUUUGAUGGACCUCAAUCUGUUCUUUCAGGUAUGAAAAAAGUGAGCUUCGAGACGAAGAAAUAUAUGGCAUUGGGAUUGCAGUUUAUGUUUGAUGUGGACUUAACAUAUCCGGAUAUAUGGAAAUUUAUUACUGACCAUAUGCACUCAACUUAUAAAGAAUGGAAAGCAAAGCUCCACAGACACUAUAAGCAAUAUGCUUCUGCCCCUGAUCUUGCACGAGAAACACCUACCCCUGAAAAGAUCUUUGGUACUCGAAGGACUCUAGAAGAGUGGCAUUAUUUGGUCGAUACGUUGCACACAAAUGAGCAAUAUCAGAAGGGUGAAAAUCCUACAUACAUUAGCAAUUGGAACAACAUGCAUAUUCUUAAGGGUAAGAGCAUGUGGAUCAAUGAGGCUGCUGAAAUUAAAGGGGAGAUGCAGAAAAUAAUCUUUAUAAGAUCUAAGAAGAUGAAUGAAGAGUAUGAGAAGGCCAAGCAACAAGUGGCAGAGAGUUCAGGAACUCCACUAGAUCAAGUCACACUCCCUAUCCCACAACAAUUAGAGAUCAUGAUUGUAGAACUUGGGGUUGCAAAGGGCAAGAGGAUUCGAGGCUUGUGUUCUAGUCUUCGAAUGGAGAGUUCGCAUAGUGGUGGAGUUGCCUCCUCUUUUGCUACAGAGCAAAAGGUUGAGGAACUUGAAGGCACAGUUGGUGAGUUGAAAGGCACAGUAAGUGAGCUUCAGGGCAUAGUGGGUAAACUUUUGGAUGUCAUUGAGUGGAUGCGAACCCAUGAUGGUCCUUUACCCUCACAUUUAGGUGUUCUGUCCCAGCAUGUUGGUGAUUCUCCUUGUGAUGAUGAUCAAGGUAAUAAUGGUGGUUCACGAAAUGUUUAUGAGGAUCUUGAUGAUAUUGGAAAUAGUCAUUAA